GUGCGCAGCGCGUGCUUUAUUUUAUGGUGGGGAGCUCUCAUCACUGACAGAGCUACAGUAUUUCUGUUGAGGAUUUGCUGGACUGAGAGAGACCGACGGAGAAAGGGUUAAGAGAGGAGAGAAGAGAAUAAGGCGAUCAAAACAGUUAGUCGACGGAACGGCGUUCAAAACAACAUGCAGCGAACCGAAGAGAAGAGCUCCUCCACAGAUCUGAAAAAAGAAACGCGGCCAAACCUGAUGUUACCGGGUCACACACGGCCUGGCGGCCGCCUCUUCAUAGAGGUCUUGAGCGAGUACCUUCACGAAACGGCCGCAAUCCUGAUUUCCUUUUUGAUUGCUCGAAAUUCCCUGGCAUGGUUGCUGCAAACAGUUUUCGGUCUUGAUUCCGAUUUCUGGCAGCUCAAAUGGCAGCAAAUAGUGGACAGCAAUAUAGAUCCGAAAUUCUACUUCAUUUAUGGAGGCAUGGCUGUAACGCUGUGCGUCUACUGGAUUUGGGGCGGAUUCUACUGCAUCCUCGACUGGUCAGGCUUAUUCUCUAAGUACAAAGUGCAGCCAGACACCAACCAGCCCCCGAACUCAGAGAAAUUCUCAAAGGCUGUGCUCCAUGUACUGUUUAACCAGUUUGUAGUGGGAAUCCCGGUGGCCUACGCUGGCUUCUACCUGACUCAAAACAGCGGCAAGCUCCUGACACCCGAACAAUUGAGAGUCCUUCCAUCCUUUUAUAGAGUCUUGCUGGAAUUGCCAUUCCACAUUUUUUGUCAAGAAGUUGGAUUUUAUUAUAGCCACAGGUUGCUGCACCAUAAGGCGAUCUACAAGUACAUCCACAAGAAGCACCACGAAUGGACAGCACCGAUCGGCAUCAUGGCCGUGUAUGCCCACCCUCUGGAGCACGUUCUGUCCAAUAUGGUGCCCGUGAUCAUUGGCCCGUCGCUGCUGAGCUCGCAUCCCGUGUCCGCGUGGUUCUGGUUUGCCUACGCGAUUUUCCACACGAUCAACACGCACUCGGGCUACCACUUGCCGUUCAUCCAAUCACCCGAGUUCCACGACUAUCACCACUUCAAGUUCAACCAGAACUUCGGCGCCAUGGGCCUACUGGAUCACGUGCACGGCACCGACGCCCAGUGGCGCCAGACCAAGUCCAAGCAGCGGCACAUCUCGCUCUACAGCUUGAUGCCAGUGCGAAAUAUGAUCCCUGACGGAAAGGGCGAGUGAUUGGCGACCUUUUCCAAGGCACAGACAGUUGGGCGUUGAAAAAUGCUGUCGUAUCAUUAGAAUUGUUACCUUGUAACUCCACUCAGAGCUUGUUAAUUGGUUUGAAAUACGCAAAAUAGCGCGUUACGUAAUUACAGGAGAUGAAGUCGAGCGACACUACCACUAAAAUAUACUAAUUUCUAUUUUUAUUUUAUGGUACUAAGUUUACUGUGAUGAUAUAAGCUUUCCCAUAAAAGUUAUCGAUUGAUGCACAAGCAUACUUAUUUUUUUGGGUUAAUCAAACUGUGAUAUUUAUCAAAUUUGUCUUCCAUAUUGCUCAAAUCAUACAAAAUUGAUACGGAUACUAUUAAUGGAAAAGAAAAUGGAGCAUUGAUUUUAUUUUAAAAUCUUUUGUGUGAUUUUAUGCAACAUUUACGCAUGAACCGAAAUUUGACUUCAAAGAAUUUUAUUACUCGCCAAGACAUCAAUGUUUUUUUCACUAGUCGAUUAAAAAAAUAAUUCAACCCCUAAACAUAUAUUUGUAUAUCGGAACGCAUUUUGCUAGAGCACUUAGUAAAUAUGUACUCAAAAUCAAAUCAGGUUGAAUCAAAACAAUAAUGUACAUAAUUAUAGCUUUUAGGAAACAUUUUAUUGUAACUAUAGAUUUAUGAAAUACGCGUAUUUCAAUAAAUUUACUACUUAUACAAAAA